AUGCCUGCAAGAGCUAGCCCACCAGUUCUAGACUUCUCGCCGUUCUACGGCGAGGACAGCGCCGCCAAAGCCAAGCUUGUGGAGAGCAUCAAAGAAUGCUGUUUGUACAAUGGGUUUUUCCAAAUCAUCGGCCAUCGGGUGCCGAUCGAUUUGCAGAAGGCGGUUAUGCGAUGCACGCAGCGGUUUUUCGAACUGCCUCUCGAACAGAAGCUGGAGAUUGACAAAAAUAACAACACCUUCAACAGAGGCUACGAAUUAUUGCGGUCGCAGAUGCUGGAAGCCGGGACCAGCCCAGAGCUCAAGGAAGGGCUGUAUAUCGGCGAGGAGAUACCGGAAGACCAUCCUUACUUUAUCCAAGGCAAGUUGAACAGCGGUCCGAAUCAAUGGCCGCAGACAGUCGAGAAUCCCGAAGAGUUUCAGCGCACCUCGAUGGAGUACUACCGCGCCGUAUUUGACUUGGCCAAAGAUGUGCUGGGCGUGCUGGCGCUGACCCUGGGAGUCGACGCGACGUAUUUCGAUUCUCUUACGGACGGCGCAGUGGCGACGAUGCGAUUUCUGCAUUAUCCGGCGCAGCCUAAAGAUGCGGAUGAGAAACUGAACCGGGGAAUUGGCGCUCAUACUGACUUUGGAUGCGUGACUCUGCUAUUGCAGGAUGAGGUGGACGGUUUGCAGGUGCUCGAUGCACCCACGGGUGAAUGGCUGGAUGUGCAACCCGUCUCCGGAGCAUACGUCGUCAACCUGGGCAAUUUAUUCAUGCGCAUGGCCAAUGACAAGUACAAAUCGAACACCCACCGAGUAAUCAACAAGUCCGGUCGCGAGCGGUACUCGAUCCCCUUCUUCUUUAGCGGAAACCCAGACUACAUGUGCGAGUGUUUGCCCAAUUGUCGCGAACCGCAGGAAGCGCCUAAAUACGGCCCCAUCACCGUUGAGCAGGCUGUCACGGCGGCGUAUAAAGAAAGCUACGGUCGAGCUGAGAAGUACAAGCAGGAGAUGAAGGAAUGGAAUCUUUCAUCCAUCGAUGACCCCCAAGUUGAGCAAUUUUAUGGCUCGUCCACGACCGAAUCGUACCGGCUCAAGUCUGAAUUAGUGGGCAAAUGUCUUGAGGAAAUCGGGAUGGGACGAUUUCAAUGGCAACUUUUCGUGGUCACCGGUUUUGGAUGGAUUGUCGACAAUUUAGCAUCACAAGGCCUCAGCAGCGUCCAACCCCCAGUAAAGCUUGAACUUCCAGGUAUCACGCAAGUUAGCUUCAGUUCCGUGGCAUACUAUACUGGACUUAUUGUGGGAGCCUCAUUCUGGGGCAUCUCCAGCGACUUUAUUGGUCGACGACCGGCAUUCAACUGCACCCUGUUAAUCGCAGGUAUCUUCUUGUGCGCUGCAGGAGGCGCGCUGAACUUUGUGUCAUUUAGUGCCCUUUGGGCUGUUAUCGGAACAGCGGCUGGGGGGAACGUUCCCGUGGACUCGAUGAUAUUUUUGGAAUUUGUACCGGGAAGUCAUCAAUGGCUUUUGACAGCCUUAUCCGCGUGGUGGAACCUCGGACAACUAAUUGUUUCCUUGAUCGCCUGGGUAUUCCUGGCAAACUAUAGCUGUCCAACGGACUCCACACUGAGCACAUGCACUCGCAACGAGAAUAUGGGAUGGCGAUACACGCAAAUCUCCAUCGGUGCAUUAUCAUUAUUUUUUACCGUCAUCCGCGUCUUCCUGUUCAAGAUGCCCGAGACCCCGAGAUAUCUCCUAUCAAAAGGAAGAGACGGCGAUGCCGUUGAAGCAGUUAACCAUGUGGCACGUCAGAACAAAAAGCCCCAACCACUGACGGUUGAGAUGCUCCAGGCCAUCGACGAGCAGCUGGGGAUUGGCAUGGCUCAUACGAGAGCCGUUGGUCUCUCCAAUAGAGAGAUCGCUCGAGAGUCGCUGAAGGAUUUGAAUGGCGCGCAUUACAAGGCGCUUUUUGCGACCAAAAGACUCGGUCUGCAUACGGCUAUGAUUUGGCUUAUCUGGCUCACCAUUGGAAUCGCAUAUCCUCUCUACUUCAACUUCCUACCCUCGUACCUCGCAACGAGGUUCACCCAGGACUCAUCCUUGAAUCUCACAUACCGCAAUUAUUGCAUCGAGUCAGCCGUCGGCAUAGUCGGCCCACUUUCCGCGGCCUGUCUAGUGAACACCUUUUUCGGCCGUCGCUGGAUGAUGGGCUUGUCUGCCAUCGUGACAGGCGCGUUCCUCUUCGCAUAUGUGGUCGUCGAUACACCCGCGGCAAGUUUAGCUUUUGCCUGUGUCACGGGGAUAUUGGCAAACUUCGAGUAUGCAGUCAUGUACGCCUUCACUCCUGAGUCCUUUCCGGGUCCGCAUCGAGGGACCGGAACAGGAACGGCAGCAGCGUUGCUGCGCUUUGGAGGGCUGGCUGCCAGUUUAAUUUCGGCUUAUACGGGAUUCACAACAGCACCGAUCUAUGCAAGUGCAGCGCUAUGGAUAGCGGUGGGGAUUUUCUGCUUUGCGUUGCCGUUUGAAACCCAUGGACAUGCAGCUAUAUAG